AGGGACUGGAAUCUGGAGCUGAAAUCAAGAUAACGAAAGAGAGAAAAUGGUAUUAGAGGGCAUUUUUUACAAGCAGGAAGCGGUCUAUGGAAGCUGCUGCAAGGACGGCUGUAUGUUGGGAAAGGUGACCUCACCAUGAAGGGGUUCGGUCACAGAGGGGUGCAGAGGUCACGCGUCAGACUUGUGAGCGUCUUUGACGUCACGUUUUACUGCCUUGGGGUGAAAACAACAACAGCAACAACAACAACCCUGCAUGGAUGAACUGCUGUAAGACCUGCGAAGGGGACACCCUGCGGGUGAGAGGAGACGCGUCCGUCGUGGAACGAGAUGGCCGCUGAGGAAAGGAGGGAGGGCGAACAGGAGUAAACCUUCCAAGGGGGCGUUCAUGGGUCCUCCAAACGGUUGAGAUGCUAUGUCCAGCAAAAACCUGGCAGAUUGUGACACAGAAAGUGAAUGUGAUUUUUAUUCUGACUGUUGGGAACAAAGUGUUACAGAUAACAAAGAUUUGACUGACUCUAGCACUGAAAAUUACUUCUGUUUUGAUUCAUGCAGCUUGUUUGAAAAAGAAAAAGGGAAAAAGAAAUUGCAUGGCAUAGUGCUUAUAUUGGAAAAUAGCCAGGUAGACAGUACAAGUUUCUGCAAAGACAAUCCUUUGCUGCAAGGAGAAAAAGUAGAGUGCACUAGUAAAUUGCAAGAAGAUUUAUCACUGGAAUCUAUAUUGUUUUUCAAGUGUAAGAACUAUAAUACAAAUGGCCAGUCACUGAAAUCUUUUUCAAGCAAAAUAGUUCCAUUCAUAUACAGUAAUUCUUAUGGAGACCACUUGUGUUUAAAUAAAGCAAUCCCUCAACUGAUCCUUACUGAAAAUUCCUCUGAAGGACAAAUCAUUUAUACAGUGAAAGAAUCUUGUGCUUUUGAUAAAUUCUAUCAGAAGCAGUCAUCAGAUGGUAACCCUCUACCUUCAAAGCAAAACAAAGCCGUGCAAGUUUCUUCUACAGAAAUAAAAACAGAGGACAAUAUUUGCUAUAAAUGUUUCAAACGAUCACCAAUAUCUACUGCGAUAAAUAAAGACCCGAAGAAACCUAAAAACUUUCACAGUUUUGAAAGUCAUUUAGUAAGUAGCCAUUCAGAAUACUCCUCAGAAUAUUCUUAUCAAAUUAACAACCAAAUUACUGAGCAGAUCUGCUCACAUUCCAGCUCAGAAGAGCCUAUUUCUUUGAUGCUGAAAGCAACCUAUGUAUAUCCAGAUGAUUCAUUAGCAAGCAAUUCUGAACUUUCAGAUGUGAGUGAGGAUGAAGAUUCCCAGAGGCAUGCUUUAGCUUUUCAGUUUAAAGACUCUGAACAUAACCAACUGUUUAAGAAGUUGCAUCUUCUUAUAGUGCCACGAAAACAAGCCACGCAUUUUAAAAAGCAGGGAGAACUUUCUCAAAUUCAAAUUGAUGAAGCCAAUUACCUUCUAGGAACUAACUCAGAUCCACCAGAAUCUAGUUCUUCCAAUAAAUAUUCUGAUCAAGCAUUACCUACAUCAAAUCUUUGGUCCUCAUAUUCAUGUUUCCCACCCUUCAAAUAUUCACAGGCAAAUCAGUUGCCUCACUUUUUUCUUCAGUCAUCACCCCAAAAUCCAGUUAAAUUUACUUUUCAAAAAAGAAAACUAAAAGUGUCCAAACCUGUAAAAUCUGUUGUGUUUACCAAACAGAAAACAUUGCAAAGAGACCAAAAAUAUAAAAAUAAGCCAUCUAUAUUCUCCAAAUUUCAUUCAUUUAAAACAUCGGACUUUGAACCUAUAGACAAAAAUAAAAGAGUAAAAGAACAAUAUGUGUCUUUAAAUCAGACAUCUAAAUGCCACUGCAGCCCAUUGCUUGACUUAACUGUUGAUCUGCAUUCUGAAGACAAAAAUUCUGAAAAGUUUCUAACUCUUCACAGAAGUUCUCACAAACAAACUCGAGUUGGCAAAGUCAUUCAUAGAUUUUCAUCUUGUUAUUUGCUAAAUCCUAAAAACAGUUUUGAAAGGCUUCACUAUAUUUCUCCAAUUAGAAAAAAAAAUCAUUUGAAGAUGCAAAACAUACUGAAUUAUUUUUUAGGUUGGACUGGCAGAGAGAAUAGAGUUGAAAAAUAUAAAGAAGAUAUUUCUCCCACUUCACAGAUACGAGCAAAUGAGACUUUUAUUUCACAUAUGCCAAUUGACAAAAGGAGUUCAACUGUUCCACUUCAUCCACAUUCAAAUAAUUAUUCUGUUCCAUUUCCUACAACAUUGCCUUUUGUAGAUGAGAUGGGACAUUCACAAGUUCCUUCUUCGCAAACAGAGAGGAGGAGUCCUAGAGCAUUGUAUAUUUUUCCAAAUGAAUGUAAGAAUUCAUCUGCUCCCUAUGUGGAAAUGGAGAGGAAUCCUUGGAAUCCUGCGGAAUCUUAUGGUAAAUACAUCACCUGCCAUUCCCCUUGCUGUGCAAAUUCUAAAACACGACAGCUACCAAAUAAAUUAAAUAUGUGUAAUAAUAGAAGUAUGGAAAAACUGAAUUCUGGAACUAGUCAGAUAGCAGAUGGAGGCUUGGUCCUGAAGAAGUUUUCAGUGUGCUCCUGUGGAACUAUGUCACAAAGUGGUUUGUUUCCUAACAACUAUAUUUCAGAGUCAGGUAGAAGGAAAACUAGACCAACCCCAGAUAGUAAUUGGAAAGCCAAUAAGACUGCCUCAAACAGAUGGAAUUCAACUGCAGGAAACUUCAACACAGAGAAAGUGUGCUGUGGUUGUCAGCAUGUCUGUCCAACAUGUCACAAUCUAUGUCACAAUCUAUGCAAACACAAAGAAACCAAGAACCAAACUGGUCAAAGAAACCAGGUUACUGAAGUAGCAUCUUUAUUUGAAAAUGGAUUUUCCGUAAGGAAUUUGAAAGAGAAUGUAGAAAAAAGUGAAACCAUGAAAAUAGGUGAAAGAAAAGUCAAAUUUUAUCUAGGUUCAGAUGCUUUACAAGACACUGACCUUUUAACCACACACAUUUCAUCACCAACUAAUGAAUGUCAUCAAAUACCAAAACAUUUUAUUUCUCAACCAGAAUGUUCAUGCUGCCAGACUGCUGUUAAAGAACACCUCAGCACAUCAAAAGUAUCUAAUUGUUUUGGUUCAGAAAACCAGGUGCCAAAGAACUACCUCAACAGAGAGAGUAUAUUUCUAGUGGAUCCUAAUCGGCAAAUUAAAAGCCAGUGUAAAUGUUCCCAUGAAAUCUCUCUCUUCAAGCUUGAGCAAACUGAUGUAUAUUCAGGAAACAGACCUGAGAUUUCAAAGAGGAAGGAUCCGAAACUUAUCCAGGAGUCUUCAAAGUUUAAUCAUGGUUGGAAGAAACCUGAACAAUGUAAAUACUGCCAAGAAAAAAAUCAAUAGUCAUUUGCAGUAAGAAAAAGAUGAUUUAAAAAUAAUGAAAUAUUGGUAGAUCUUGAUAUGAACUUCAGAGAAAACCCAUUGAAGUACCACAAAAAACAGUUGGGGGCGUAAACAGAUAUAAUUUCACUGAGGAAGAAUAUACAUUCUACUCCAAAGUAUAAAGGAUGAGAAGAUAAAAGCUUCCUGCAGAGAUAUGUUCCAUUACACUCAGUUGAACUUAUUUCUAAAUAAAUAUGCAUAGAAUUAAGUUCUUAAUAAUGUAUACUAAAUAGAAAAUGUCUAUGAUAAAUUUCAGAGGGGUAGAUAACAUUGGCCUCUUACAGCAAAAAUAAUAAAAAGUAUCCCGAACUAGCAUAAUAAUAAGAGUUUACCUUUUCAUAGGUACCUUUAGAUCUCCCAAAAUCAGGUAUUUUGUGCUGUAAAUCAAACUGGCAAUUAAUUUUAAAGCAGAUUCGGUCAUCAUCGCAUAUACAAAUAGUCCUCGCUUAAUGACCAUUCAUACAAAUUAUACAAGUGCUGUCAGGUGCAAGCAAUCAAAACUGCUCGGUGAAUAGGUCUUAAUAAAUACUUUAUUGCUGAUCAAUAAAGAACAAAAAUCUCACCAAAUGCUCUUGAGAAACAGCAGACAUAAGUUUAAGGGGUUUGACCUUAGCGAUUUCCUCCACCAAACCAACUCCAAGCUGGAAUGUCUCCUUAUUCUUUCUAAAGGAUCCCUCUUUCUUUCAGCCAUUAAUUCCAUGCCACGUACUGAGUGAAUGAUAAUCACAAUCAGUUGUCAAAGUUCCAGCUGUUGCAACACUCCUGUAGUCACAGCCAGGCCAGGAAGGAGGCAACAGAGUGAUGCUUGUGGAGGAGGCAAGAUGACAGCGUAGACAUAAGAACCUUGUCUUGUGCUGCCAGCACAAGGAAUGAUAGUUUGCAAACUGCAGAGUGCAAAAUAUAGCAAAAUCAUAACUGCAAAGAAUAGUAUAGACGGGAAAUAACUAUGGACAUGGCAAUAAAACAAGAUAUAGUAACAUUCAGUUGACUGUAAAUACAAGACAAAAAUUCACAAUCUUUCAAUAGUUGGGAGCCCCUUAUCUUCAGCAGCUACAGAUUAUUCUGCCAAGCAUACAGCACCUUUCCUAGUUUUUCAAAGAUAUAUAAUUACUUACUCUCUUAAUUUCAUAUGUUUAUAUUUUGUGGUUUGAUAGUUAUCAAAAUUAAGAACACCAGCUCAUCCAUUCUGCUUUCCCAGGCAGGUGGCUGUACUUGGUAAAGAACUUAAACUAGCCUCACAAACACACCAAAAAAGGCCAUUUUACACAAAGUAAAAAAAUGAGGCACACCAUUUAUACCUCUUACAGUAAUCCACAGUAUUUGUUGCUGCCCUACUAUUUAUGUCUCCGUCUUCUGCUAGAAUUUAUUUCAGCAGAUUUAGUCGGAAAGAGAGAGAGAUGCUGCCCCCACAUGGUGAUGAAAAAAGUGGUAAAAAUUGGGGUGGGUGGGUGUUAAACCAUACAUUCAUAUAACUUGUAAUGCUGGGCAUACAGACACCUGAGAUGUGAUGCAUCAUCCCCCUCUUUUUCAAGUUUUUCUCCUAUGAUCCCCAUUAUUAAAACACAGCAGCCUGCAAUUACUGCAGGUUCAAGCCCGGCCCAAGGUUGACUCAGCCUUCCAUCCUUUAUAAGGUAGGUAAAAUGAGGACCCAGAUUGUUGGGGGGGCAAUAAGUUGACUUUGUAAAUAUACAAAUAGAAUGAGACUAUUGCCUUAUACACUGUAAGCCGCCCUGAGUCUUCGGAGAAGGGCGGGAUAUAAAUGUAAAAUAAAUAAAUAAAAUAAAAUUAUCCAUAGUCCUGUAGACAGCUUAUACA